CCACUCACCACCAUGUCCAAACCACCUUCCGACAAGCUCCCGACCUUCAAACUGGUGGUGGUUGGUGAUGGGGGCGUCGGAAAGUCCGCUCUCACCAUCCAAUUCUUCCAGAGGCUCUUUGUGACAGACUAUGACCCAACGAUUGAAGACUCCUACAUACAACACACCGAGGUCGACGCGCAGUGGUGUAUACUCGACGUUCUGGACACGGCUGGGCAGGAGGAGUUCAGUGCCAUGAGGGAGCAGUACAUGCGUAAGGGUGACGGCUUCAUGCUGGUGUACUCCGUGACCGACAAACAGAGCUACGAGAACAUCCCGCAUUUCUACACACAAAUACUCAGAGUCAAGGACAGGGACUCCUACCCCAUGCUGCUGGUGGCCAACAAGGUGGACCUGGUACACCUCCGUCAGGUCAGCGAGGAGAUGGGGCGCGACCUGGCCCACCGCCUUUCCAUCACCUACAUUGAGACCAGUGCCAAGGACCCGCCCCUCAAUGUGGACACUGCCUUCCACGAGGUCGUCAGAAUCAUCCGCGACGCUCCUCCGGUUGAUGGCCCCAAGACCGGAAGGAGCAGACCAAACUGUGUGGUGAUGUAAGGUCAACACCA